AUGGCCGAGGUCGCUACUGUUAUCCAGCUUUUGCAUUUCAGCGGGCAGGUACUCACCUGCUGCUACGAAUAUAUCGAGAAGGCGAAGAACGCUCCGAAAGAGAUCCAGUCCGCGAUCGACGAACUCGCCAGCUUGAAGGCUCUUCUAGAAAGGUUGCAGAGUAUUGCCGAUGAUCCAGUUGCCGAUCGCUUUGAAUUCCUCAAGUCUCUCAACCGCGAGAAUGGGCCGUUUCAAGUCUGUUCACACUGCUUGACCGAGCUAGACCUGAAGCUCAAGGCUCUUACCGAAGUCUCAAGCGCUGCAAUGCGAUUACAGUGGCCUCUUCAGUCAAAAGGCGUCGAGAAAAUCCGCAAGACGCUGUCGGAUCAGAAAACUAUCCUCUACACGGCGCUCACUGGAGACAUGGCUGUUCAGGUAGAAUCGAUCCGUGACAAUGUUGCCAAGGCCAGAGCUACAGUUGAAGAAAUCCAGGCCGAAGAGCAAAAAAGCCGAAUCUUGAGUUGGCUUUCGGGCCCCGAUACUGCCGCCAGCCAUAACCGCGCAAAGGACCAGAGGGAGCCGGGAACUUGCGAGUGGCUGCUUUGUUCCGAAGACUUCAAGGCCUGGAUGGCGAAGGAAAGUCAGAUAAUGUGGCUCCACGCGUUUCCCGGCGCCGGGAAGACGAUCCUGACCUCGGCUGUCAUUGAAUACCUCCAUUCCGUGUCACUGAAAGAAGAGCGCAUCAUCCUGUCCUACUACUUCGACUUCAGAAAUUCUUCGCUGCAGACUUAUUCCUCCCUCCUUCGUUCGCUGUUGCGCCAGAUCUGUGGCCGAAAUAUGGUCCCCCAACAGAUAGUUUCUCUGUAUGAAAAAUGUCGGGGGGCCUCUCCAAGUACUGGACAGCUUGCCGAUGCCCUCAGACUUAUCCUGGAGCAACAGCCCAGAACCUUCAUCGUCAUUGACGCACUUGACGAGUGCCCGGAGACAGGAGAACCAUCGAUGAGAGAGGGCGUCUUGGACAUGCUCAGGGUCAUCAAGAAGUCUGAAUUCAUAUCGGCAAGCACUUUUAUCGCUAGCAGGCCCGAAGCGGACAUUUCGGCAGCGAUGAGGACACUCUGUGACAUCGACAUCGACAUCCAAAUUAGCUUCGUGGAGGACGAUAUUCGACGCUAUGUUCGAUCUUCCCUGGCCAAAUAUCCACGCCUCAACGGAUUGCCACAAAACAUUAAAGACGAGAUCGAGCAGAAACUCGUGAAAGACUCCGGAGGAAUGUUUCAAUGGAUUUCCUGCCAAAUCGAUGAAAUCCGCCAUUAUCUCAAACCGGCCGCCAUCCCAAAAGCGCUCAAGAGUCUCCCUCGCGGCUUGUAUGCCACCUAUUCUCGCAUCCUGGAGAAGGUGCCAGAUAUAUACGAGUCUGAGUUUCGGACGAUCCUGAUGCUCCUCGCCUUCUCCGACAGGCCGAUGACGAUUCAGGAAGUCGCUGAAGCCACUGCCGUGAACCUAGAGCAGACAUCAUUCUUCGAAGUUGACAGGUUUCCAAAUGCUUACGACAUUUUGGCAUUCUGUUCUAGCCUUGUGACUCUAAGCGAUGUUGAUGCCAGCGGUGAUUCUCCUCUGUCACCAGAUGUCCGAAUUAUUCAAUUCGCCCAUUCCUCCGUUAAGGAAUACCUGCUCUCGGAACGCACCCAGAAAUUGAUACCGGCACGGUUCCACAUCGACGAAGGCCUAAGUCAUAGCUGCCUUACGCAGAUCGGUUUGAUUUAUCUGCUGGAAUUUAAGCGAGGUGAAAGGGUGACCCCGCGGGAUCUAGAGCACUUCCCAUUCCUCCCCUACGCUGCACUCCACUGGACUACACAUUUGGCCCAUGUUCGAGAAGAGGACCGUGGCGCCAUUGAAAAACUCCUCCUCCGUCUGUUUGACCCCCAUAACAAUACUCAUCUUCUCAACUUCCUGAAUCUCUAUGACCCUCGGAGACCGUCGGUCUUUGGAAGGUCCGGCAAGGAACUCCGCUGGGGCCAACCAAGCUACAACGGUCAAGACUUCCAGCCCCCGUUAUAUUAUGCUUCUUACUACGGGAUUCUGCCGAUUGUGCGAUUUCUGCUGGAGAGUCUAGACGAGAACUCCCUACGACAGGACAUUCUCAAUGCGGCACUAAGAGGCGCUGCGCUGGGUGGCCACGCUGCGAUUGUUCAAAUAUUGCUCAGUAAAGGGGCCGAUCCCAAAUCGCCCCUCUGUGGGGAUCUCCUAAGCGAUGCGGUAUCUAGCGGCAACAUCAAUGUCGUUAAAAUGUUCGUUGACGCAGGGAGUCCUAUAUGUACUGCUGACUCGUUUGACGGCGGUGCCCUCCAUGCAGCAUGUCGGCGAGGAUUAACUGAAGCGAUUCAGAUGUUGAUUGAUUAUGGAUUUGACGUUCACGGUGGGUGCAUCAGAAGCGGGAGACCGCUCUCCGUUGCCGUCAGGCAUGGCGAGCACUCUGCGGUAGAGACGCUUAUCCGGAACAAUGUCGACGUCAAUAUUCCAUCAGAUGGAUACUUUAACGCGUUAAAUAUUGCUUGCGAGCAUGCCAGUGUGGAGAUUGUCCGCUUGUUGCUUGACAACGGCGCCACCGAAUCCCUCAAACGUCCUGGAAGCCAAGCAUUGGCCAAAGCCGCAAAGCGAGGGAACACUGAGAUCAUGCAGCUGCUGCUCGAUCACGGUGGCGACAUCAAUUCUUCGAGCAAUGAAUCUUACGGAACUCCUUUAAAGGGUGCGAUUCAGUCAUGGCAACCCAAAGUCCUCGAAUAUACUUUAUCCAAGGGAGCAGACAUACACUUCAGGGGCAUGACAGAAAGAUACCCCGUCGAUCUGGCCCUUUUUUCUGGAAACAUAGCAGCGGCCGAAAGGCUUCUUGACUUGGGGGCCCAAUUUGGAGAUAGAUCCCUCGAGGAGGCAUUGGACUCCCGUAGGAAAGAGUACUUGGUCAAGAUCCUGCUUGACAGAGGCGCAAAUCCAAACGCCGAACAUAAGGAGUACGGGAGCGUCCUCCAACUCGCUGUGGCGAAAAGCUCCCCGACCGCCAUUCAAUGGCUCCUCGACGCUGGUGCUGAGUUGAAUGACUUUUGCGGAGGAAAAUACGGAACACCAUUGCAAGCCGCUGCUCGUGAGCGUGACAUCAAUGUUGUGCGCCUUCUUCUUGGUCAGGGGGCUCUUGUGAAUCCCGAGCGCCUUUGUGGAGAAUAUGGAGAUCCGCUCCGAGCCGCAGCACGGAAUAGCGAUCUUGACCUCAUCCAUCUGCUGCUGGAUCAUGGAGCGUCGUUAACUCGGCAGCACGAGGAAUUUGCCACACCCCUACAUUGGGUUGCCCAGCAGGGUUUGUUGCAUAUUGUCCGCCUGUUUGUCGAGAGAGGGGUGAACGUUAACACGUGGGGCGGGAAGUAUGGAACGGCUCUACGUGCCGCAGUCGCCAACGAACACGCAGAGGUGGUAAAAUUCUUGUUGGACCACGGUGCUUCUUUCACCGAGGAAACCAAGGCUAGCCAUACAACUUCGAAAAACGAGGUGGUUGUCGAAAACUAUGAAUCUGCUCUGGAAGUGGCUGCUGCUACAAACAACACAAACCUCGUUCAGCUUCUCCUUGAUCACGGACUGGACUUGAAUUCAUCAGCGAGAUCAUGUAGUCGUGCGCUCAUGCGUGCGGCAGAAAUGCCGGAUAUCACGAUGCUCCAGUACCUCAUCGACCAGGGGGCCGAUGUCAAACGGCAUGGUGGCAGGGCCGUGGCCAUGACGCCUUAUCGGCAUUUUCCUGGCAGACUUGAAAGGAUCAAGGUGCUAUUGGAACAUGGUGCAGACAUCAACGGGAGUUCGGAAAGCUCAUCGAUGCCUUUGGUGACCAGUAUCAUUGCGGAGGAGUAUGCAGUAUUGGACUUGCUGCUCGACGGAGGCUGUGACGUUAAUGCCUCACGAAAAUCUGGUGGUCUGAGCGGGUGUGCAUUGAGUGAAGCCAUACAUCGUGGGGCUACUAACAUUGUCGAGAAGCUCCUCGCAAAGGGAGCCGAUCCGAACAUGAGGGCGGGAGAUUGGGGAACACCGUUCAUGGUGGCGAUCAUGCAGGGCGAUGAGAAGUUAUUCCACCUCCUCUUGGAGCAUGGGGCCGAAGUCAACCUGGCGCCUCCUUUUGGAUAUUAUGGGACGCCCCUGCAAACCGCGUUGACGAAGGGGUAUUACGGGAUUGCCCAUGAAUUGAUCGACAGGGGCGCCGAUAUUAAUGCGCCAGGAUGUUACGCAUCGCCUCUCACCGCUGCCAUUGGGGCUGGCAGGGUGGGACAGAUGGCUAUGAUUGAGCGUCUACUCUCUCUUGGAGCUGAUGUGGAGGCAGAAGAUCGGCCUCGUCCUGAGGAUAGGCAGGGAGACACACACUACACCCCGCUCCAGAAAGCGGUGAGCUGCAGCCGCAGGGACCUCGUUCGAUUACUUAUUGAUAAAGGAGCCGCCAUCGAUCCGAGCCCUCCGCGAGGGACACUUGGCAGCCCUCUUCAAACAGCAGCACUCCACCAGGACGAGGAUAUGGUCGAGCUGUUGUUGGAUCUUGGUGCUAAUGUCAACGCCGUCGGCGGCGACUGGGGCACGGCCAUACAGGCUGCCGUGUCCGAAGUAGCCGACAACGUCAUCACGUUAUUGCUGGACGCCGGGGCAGACGUGACCUUGGAAGGCGGAAGAUGGGGGUCACCGCUGCAAGCUUCAGCUCGAAUGGGUAUCAAGCGCUACAUUCAAAUGUUCCUAGAUCGGGGAGCGCUGAUCAACACCAACGUCGGGAAGUACGGCAACCCGUUAGCUGCAGCGUCUAAGAGAGCAAAGAUUGGCAUUGUCCAGAUGCUGCUCGACGCCGGCGCCGACGUUAAUCAAGCCGGAGGGAAGUAUGGAACGCCGCUGCAGGCCGCCUGCUCCGCUAAUAGUGAUUCUUCUCAGUCGCACACAUCGGCUAUCAUCGCAAUGCUUCUCGAUAGGGGGGCCGAUGUGAACGCGACAGGCGGGAAGUACGGGACCGCGCUUCAAGCCGCAUCGUAUCAUGACUACAAACGGGUGGAGCAGCUGCUGAAUCAUGGAGCCGACCCGUGCGCACGAGGCGGAAAGUUCGGCUCGCCAUUGAAUGCUGCCAUAAGGAAGAAGCUUUUCCGCGCCGAGAAAGCCCUGCGAAAGGCCGGGGCCGUGAAUGACUCUCUCCAGUAUGGGACCGACCACGUCAUCUAA